GCCCUCGGCGGGGGGCUGCGGGGAGGCAGCCGCUCUCGGUGCCCUCGGCGGGGGGCUGUCGGGGAGGCAGCCGUCCUCGGUGCCCUCGGCGGGGGCCUGUCGGGGAGGCAGCCGCCCUCGGUGCCCGCGGCGGCGGGACAUAAGCGCGGGCCUUCCCCCCCCGGCAGCGCCGUGCCGGUGUAUGCCUUCGCCGUGUGGUGACUCCCGGCAGCGAUCCCGUAGCUGAACUCUUCGUCGUUUUCUUUUAAAAUCUUCGUGUUUCGGGGCAGCGAGGUGGCAGGCAGGGGAGCGGGGCUAGCUGGGCUUCACCUUCCGAGGCCGGGCUGGGUGCUUACGAGAGGGAUAGCUGAAGGAAAUGGCUCACCCUGCAAGUCUCUCUGCAUCUUACAGAGUUGGGUUUUGUUUAACAGGAGUAAUUACAAAUACUGGAAGAGACUCUCAUUAAGUUACUUUUUUGGGUUAGGAUCCACCAUGCUUCUGUCCCAUCCUGGACUGCUGUUUGGUUUGUGGCCCAGUGUUGCUUUUUUAAAAUGGAGUUCAGGUGCUUUUUUUCAGCUAGUGAAGGGGGGAGGGAAGAGAAAACAUAUUAACGGAAGGAAAGGUAGAUCUGUGAACUGUUGCUUAAAAGGAAGGAGAAUAUUUCAUGUGUUGCCAUGUCUGAAGAUGCUUUAUUGGAAGAGGACAUUUGGGAGUACAAGUCCAUUAGGAAGCAAAAGUGUCAGAGUAAUUCAGAGAGCAUCUCUACACCUGUGCAGAACGUAAGUGACAGCAAGUGCAGCCCAAAAAGAAAGAAAACUAGAAAUAAAAAAAAAUCCAUAGAAAAAACUGAUACGCUUCAGAAAACUGAGACGAGAUCGAGGCCAAAUCAGGAUGUAGAUCAAUGUAAAGAUGACAGCAGUGUGCACUCCCAGGAAAGCGUGAGUAGCCUGACAGAACAGAGCUCACCAAAUGCAAAGCCUAUUCAUGAUGGAUACUGUCCGAGCUGCCAGAUGCCUUUCUCUUUGCUAUUGGUCCAGACACCUCGAUGGCACGUUGCUGAAUGUUUGGAUACUCCAGGAUCCAUUGAAAAAGAGUGUCCUGAUGGUUUACUGUGCAAUUCCACCAUUCCAUCCCACUACAAGCGUUACAGCCAUUUUCUACUUGCAGCAAGCAGGGCAGGAGAUUAUCUCAUAAACUCUUCAGCAAACACUUUGGAGAGAAAGAUGACAUGUUCUACUGCUGCAAAGCCCAGCUGUUCCCCAAGUCAUGUAGAGGAAAUCUCACAGAAUAAGAAACCAUCUAAUAAUGUAACAAAUGUCCCGAGUGAUGAUUGUACAUUGAUGGCACAGAGAUCACCGCAAAUGAAGUCUCUAAAUAUAAUCAGUGAAAGUACUUCCUCUUUUGCAGAUAUUCAAAAGCAUCAACAGACAUUUCAGCUUACACAGACCACAGAUGAUAGUUGUAAAUUUGAGUUUUAUGACUUUGCAUCUUCUCAAGAAAGUGGAACAGGAGAAGACCUGUGUAGUCAGAAAGAUACAAAUCAGCCAAGUCUACUACAGUCAAAAGCAGACUUUAGUGACUGUGAAAUUUCUUAUUCUCCGCUUAGUACUUUUGAGGAAAGUGAAGAGGAAACUGAGGAAGAGGAGAAGAAAUUAAAAAUAUCACAAAAUAAAUCAUUCAAAGUCUGGAACUUUGAAGAUGAAGAAUCUAAUUCCGUGGUGUUUAAAACAUUUGAUGGACUUCUCUUACAGCAGAAGCCUCAGUAUGAGCAUAGCAAAAUGGGAAAUUUCAUAAUUAAAAAAAACGACUGUGAGGAAGCAAAUACAUUGAACCGUCUAAAUCAUAGUGUAAAAGCCGUUUCUCAGAGUCACAUGAACAGCAAGUUCUGUAAUUCAACAUGUGCAGACAAUCAGCAUCAGGAAGAGGUGCUAACCAGUGGAUCCUCUUUUCCUUUUAAUUGUGAGGAGGUUGAACAGCCAGAACUGAUUUCCUCUGCUGCUAAAGCAGGUAACACAGAGUCAGAAGAUGCUUGUGCUUUGGAUUCUGCAUACGUGAGUUUUACUGAGGCAUCAUCAUUGCUAGUCAGAGAAGAUGCUGGGUCUCUUCUGACACAGAAAAGUAAUGUUUUCAGGGACCAAAGUAAUAUUUUAACUGAUACAGAUAAAAUGACUGCCAAUGCAAUUGAAAAAACAGCUCUCCAGGAGAGUUUGCAGUCGGUAGUGGAGAAAGAAGGAAAUCUUAAUACAGCUGCAGUGUGCUUUCCCAGCCCAAUCUCUAAAACAGUACCAUCUCUUUCUUUAGCAAGUAUGAAUGCCAAAUCCAGUUCUGCCAAAGAACUCAAACAAAUGGACAUUGGUGUUUUCUUUGGGUUAAAACCCAAAGUAAAAGAGGAAAGCAAAGGAGAGACAUGUUUGAGUGAGGGAAAGCAGAUACCAAGUUCACUAACUCCCAAUGGAAAGAGGCCUAGACAGCAAAAAAGGAAAGCUGAAGGGUCUGUGGAAGAUGUAGAAGCAGUUACAGAAAGUUCAAGUAAAAAUGGAGCCUUUGCAGAUGUAAGUUCUGGUGGCAAACAAAGGUGGAGAAAAAAAUUUAAAGAAUUAUCUACUACAGGUGAAGGAACAAGAAAAAAACACUGCCCUUUCUACAAGAAAAUACCAGGAACUGGUUUUACAGUUGAUGCCUUCCAGUAUGGAGAAAUUGAAGGCUGCACAGCUUAUUUCCUUACUCAUUUUCACUCUGAUCACUAUUGUGGGUUAACAAAAAACUUCAUGUUUCCAAUCUACUGUAAUAAGAUAACUGGCAAUCUGGUGAAGAGCAAACUUGGAGUCAAAGAGCAGUACAUCCACAUGCUGCCGAUGGACACAGAAUGUUUAGUGAAUGGGAUCAAAGUGAUGUUGCUCGAUGCCAAUCAUUGUCCAGGUGCAACAAUGAUCCUUUUCUGUCUACCAAGUGGAAGUGUUAUUCUGCACACAGGAGACUUCAGGGCAGAUCCUUCUAUGGAGCGCUACCCUGCUUUGAUUGGUCAACAAGUCCACACCCUUUACCUUGAUACCACAUACUGUAGUCCUGAAUACACUUUUCCUUCUCAACAAGAGGUUAUCCAGUUUGCUGUCAAUACUGCCUUUGAGACAGUGACUUUAAACCCGCGUACUCUAGUCGUCUGUGGCACCUACUCCAUUGGAAAAGAAAAAGUUUUUUUAGCAAUUGCUGAAGUCCUGGGCUCAAAAGCAAGUAUGUCCCGUGAUAAGUACAAAACACUGCAGUGCUUGGAGUCAGCAGCUGUUAAUUCCCUCAUCAGUGUGGACUGGGAUGGUACUUUGCUUCACGUUCUUCCCAUGAUGCAGAUUAAUUUUAAGGCCUUGCAAGUUCACUUGAAUAAGUUUUCUGAGAAUUUUGAUCAAGUUCUGGCUUUCAAACCUACUGGGUGGACCUACUCUGAUUCAUGCCUUUCUCUGGUGGAUAUCAAACCUCAGACAAGAGGAAAGAUCACCAUAUAUGGUAUAAGAGUGGGAUUCCUUACAGUGAACACAGCAGUUACCUGGAAAUGAAGCGUUUUGUUCAAUGGUUGAAGCCACAGAAAAUCAUCCCCACUGUAAAUGUUGGUGACUGGAGAGCCAGAAGCUUAAUGGAGAAGCAUUUUAGAGACUGGAUGAUUGAGGGCAGUAGACAUAAAUAAAUAUAAGGAAGAAUAUAUAUUUCAAAGGAGGUAGGCUGGAGUGGGAAUUGUGAGUUUUAUUUAACUCAUUUUUCCACGGAGCUUUCUUUAGGGAGGACUAAGCUGCCAUUCUCCUGAGAAAGCUGAAUUUGGGGGCAGGGGGGCGGAGGGGAAAGGCACCUUGCUUCCUCCUGUACCUACUACUUAUUUUUCCCAUAAAUUAAUAACUUUUAUCCCAAAUGCAUAUUUCUGGUUAUUUUUAUUUACUCCUUUUUCUCCAUUCUUAAUUUUCCUAACAUUAUGGAGAUGCCCAGAUGUAUAAUGCUGGGGAAGAAACUGCCUCUGGGUUAAUCAUUUCUGAAAAGAAGUUAUUGUAAUAAGUGAGAUGGUAUUAAGCGUAUGUCACAUGCUGUCAAUUCAGGCUUCAGAGAAGCUCGUUUCAUGAGACAGAACUGGCUAUUGUGAUUCAGAUCUUGUAAACAGAGUUUACCUUGUGAGAGAGGAUUGGCUCAGGCUCUUGCAGCAGAUGCACUUCUGAGAAUGAUUUUUAUAAAAGACAAUGCUACCUACUUUUCACUCAAGAUUUUCUGAAUUUUUUUUUUAAAUAAAGAACCUACAUGAAGCUUGUGUGUUCUUUCUGAGCAAAAUGUGUGUCUUUUCAGUACCAUAGUUGUUAAUCUGAGAAACCUGUCUGUAGUAUCUUUGGUGAAUGUUCUGUAUAUGUUGAUUGUAUAAGAUUGCUUCACCAUCCUGGUAGUGCAAAUUCUCAAAAUGUGGUCAAAGCACAGAAGUGGUUCCUCUCCAUGUAGUCCCCUACAGUGCAUUUGGGUUUGCAGGUUUGUUACAUGAAUUCUGGAAAAACAAGAAAGGCAAAUGUUGGUACUGGCAGCAGAAAGGUAAGUUUCACUUUGCAUUUUUUUCCCCUGAAUCCUACCAGAUUAUCAGUGCUGCUUUUCCUGUAUCUGCUUGGUAUUUGUGAUACUGAAGUGUGUGGUUGCAUGCAGGCACACUAGUAUAAUUUUAAGCACUAAAAUAAAAACUGUUCCAAACUUC